UAUUAAGUGUUGGCCUAGGCAGUAACGCCUGUCGUCUUCAUGUCAUCUUCAGUUUCGGUCCCCCGUUCUCCCUAAUAGCCCCGACCCUGAGACCCCCAAUCCAAGUUCACUGUCAAAGUCCAGAAACCUGAAAACUCAAUCAAACCAUCUUCUUCAAUAAUGGAGAACGAGAAACAAGAGCAAAAAGAAGAUAAACGACAACACCAUCAUCAAGAAGAAGAUAAACAACAACAGAAUCAUCAAGAAGAAGAUAAAGAAGAACAACAUCAUCAUCAAAAGCUUCAAGAAGAAGAAGAGAAACAACAACAACAUCAAGAACAACAGAAUCAUCGAGAAGAAGAGCAAGAGCAACGAAAGCAACAACAAGAGCAACAGAAACACGAAGAAAAAGAAGAAAAGCAGCCAGAGAAUAAGCAAAACCACACGGUAUCACUAUUUCCAUUAAGCAAGAGGUCAACACCUCCAAGGACUGUUCCAAAAGCUCAAUCACCACCAUCUGAUCAUUCACCUGUUGAUUCUCCACAUUCAUCUGAUCACUCUUCUCUCAGCCACGGCUUCUCUCCACCACAACCAACAUCUCAACCUUCUGAUCCCAACUUCAAGCCACCAUCUUUGGCAGUUUCCAGCGUGGACUUCACAUCUAGAGAUCAGUCAACUACUACUACUACCGUUGAAGUUGAAGAGCAGAGCCAAAAACUUGGUUCUGUUAGUGGUAAAAGAUUGAGACCUGAUUUGUCCAUAUUAAGAAGAACCAAGAGAGAUAGGAUGGUGAAAAAGGCUUUGUUGGGGUUUAGGAUUUCUGGGUUUGCUUUUUGUUUGGUUUCUUUUUCUGUAUUAGCUGCUGAUAGAGAUCAAGGUUGGGCUCUUGAUUCUUUCUACCGCUACAAGGAGUUCAGGUUCUGUAUGGCAGUGAAUGUGAUAGGAUUUGUAUACUCUGGGAUUCAGGCAUAUGAUCUAGCCUAUCAAUUGACCUCCGGAAAGCAGAAACCCCGGAGUCGCCUCCGGUGUUACUUAGAUUUCGUUUUGGAUCAGAUACUGGCUUAUCUUCUCUUAUCAGCAUCAUCUUCAGCUGCUGUCCGAGUCGAUGACUGGCAAUCAAACUGGGGAAAGGACAAGUUCCCGGAGAUGGCAAGGGCCUCCAUGGCAUUGUCCUUGGUAGCAUUUAUUGCCCUAGCCUUAAGCUCACUUGUAUCUGGUUAUGCCCUUUCUAAUCUAUGUAGCCGAUGAUACUUCUGGGAUCCACGAAUUAGUAAUGUAAGGAUUAAAUAGUUUGAAAAGAACAAAGGGUGGUGGGUGCGGAAGGGUUUGGAAAUAUAUAGUAAUGAAUUGUGUAUAGGAAUUUACCUUUGUUUCACUUGGACUAUGUAUGAAACACAAAUGUUGAAUGAUUUCAACACAUUGAUUAGCAGAUCUUUGUGCA